CUCCUCCUCCUCCGGCGGCUUCAGGGCCGCACGCCCACGCCGCUCUUUCCUGUUGGCCAGGGCAGCGACAGGUGAGGCGCGGCCUAGGGCCAAUCACACAGCCAGAGAGGUCAGAAGCUCGCGCUCCGCGCAGCCGGCGGCCGCGAAAUCGCGGAAGAGGGUCCCAGCAGCGGCUGCGGCCCCUGAAGAGGGACGACCCACAGGCGGGAAGUCUUCCCACAAGGGGGCGCUGCCACCUGCCCGGAGGAGGAGCCAGAGAGGGACCCGGGUUUUUGCCCCUCCGACGCACAAGAGUGGGGAAGACCCAUCCUGAUCAUGAAGGGCUCCAAAGGCAUCGACAACCCGGCUUUCGUUGCUUCCAGCCCAGACACCCCGCGCCGUUUGGUUCCAUCGCCGUCUCAUGUCGAGGUCUCUGUCUUGACCACCAAUAUCCGGAGAGAGGAUUCGCAGCCUAAGGAGCCUCAGAAGUCCCCGGACCUACCUCUGUCUUCAGUAACUACCCCCGGCUCCCAGGAGGGGUCCGGGCCAGUCUCACAGUCCGAGUUUGAGGAGGGGCCCUGCGGGUGGGGCAACUUCCAACCCCAGUGUUUCCAGCGCUGCAACACACCCCGGGGCUUUCUGUUUCACUACUGCCUCUUGGCCCUCACGCAAGGUAUUGUAGUAAAUGGCCUAGUAAAUAUUAGCAUUUCCACUAUUGAGAAGCGCUACGAAUUGAAGAGUUCCCUGACAGGCUUGAUAUCGUCAAGCUAUGAUAUCUCAUUUUGCUUGUUGUCUUUAUUUGUAUCAUACAUUGGUGAAAGAGGACACAAACCAAGAUGGCUUGCCUUUGCAUCCUUUAUGUUAGGACUGGGAGCACUUGUGUUUUCAUUGCCAAAAUUUUUUAGUGGAAGAUACCAAUUGGGGUCCCUUUUUGAAGAUGCUUGCUUAGCAGAAAAGAAUAAAACCAUUUGUACUGCUUCAAGUUCUUCACUUUUCAAAUACCUGUAUGUCUUUAUUUUGGGACAACUGUUGCUGGGAACAGGAGGAACUCCACUUUAUACCCUAGGAACAGCCUUUAUUGAUGAUUCUGUUCCCACACACAAAUCUUCUCUCUAUAUAGGAAUUGGCUUUGCCAUGUCAGUAUUAGGCCCUGCUUUUGGCUAUGUGUUGGGAGGACAAUUGCUAACCGUGUACAUUGACGUUGAUUCGGGACAAAGCAUUGAUGUCACUGAGGAUGAUCCACGAUGGCUGGGGGCAUGGUGGAUUGGAUUUCUUCUGUCCUGGCUUUUGGCUUGGUCUUUGAUAAUACCUUUUUCUUGCUUUCCAAAACAUUUACCAGGUACAGAAGAAAUUCAAGAUGGAAAAAUUUCCCAGGCUCAUCAGAGUGGUUCCGUACAGCAUACAGAUAGGAAUUUUGGACAAAGUUUUAAAGAUUUUCCAGCUGCUGUAAAGAAUUUGAUGAGGAAUACUGUCUUUAUGUGUUUAGUUCUAUCAACUUGUUCAGAAGCCCUAGUUGCUACUGGAUUUGCCACAUUUUUACCUAAAUUUGUAGAAAAUCAAUUUGGAUUCUCUUCCAGCUCUGCAGCUACCCUUGCAGGGUCUGUUUUAGUUCCUGGAGCUGCUCUUGGUCAGAUUUUAGGUGGUAUGCUUGUUUCAAAAUUCAAAAUGACGUGUAAAAACAUAAUGAAGUUCACUUUGCUCACAACUAUAAUUGCACUUAUACUAAGCUUAGUGUUUCUUUAUACCACCUGUGAAAAUGCUCCAUUUGCGGGUGUGUCUGAAUCAUAUAAUGGGACAGGACAACUGGGAAAACUGACUGCUCCCUGUAAUGCCAAUUGUAACUGCCUGCGAUCAUAUUAUUAUCCUCUCUGUGGAGGAGAUGGAGUGCAAUAUUUUUCUCCCUGCUAUGCAGGUUGUACAAAUUCCAUUUCCAAAAAACAUCCAAAGGUAUAUCAAAACUGUUCAUGUAUUAAAAGGAAAAUAGAAAUAACACCUACUCCUUCAAGUCCUGAUUUUGAGGCUAAAGCUGGAAAAUGUUCAGUUCAAUGUAAAAACUUGCCCAUAUUCCUUGGCAUAUUCUUUGCUGCAAUUGUUUUUACCUUUAUGGCUGGUACUCCUAUAACUGUGUCCAUCCUAAGGUGUGUUAAUCAAAAUCAACGGUCUCUAGCUUUGGGAAUACAGUGUAUGUUGCUUCGAAUAUUAGGCACAAUACCUGGACCCAUUAUAUUUGGCAUCGCAAUAGACAGCACAUGCAUUCUCUGGGAUAUUAACAAAUGCGGAAUUAAAGGAGCUUGCUGGGUUUAUAAUAACAUCCAGAUGGCCUAUAUGUUCAUGGCCAUAAGUAUUAUUUGUAAAAUUUUGACUGUUUUCUUCAAUGGAUGUGCAGUCUUUUUGUAUAAACCACCACCAUCAGCCACAGAUGUGCCAUUUCAAGAUCAGGAUGCAGUUGUGACUACAGUUUCAUUAGAGUGUGAUCUCAAUGAAGCAGGAAAUAAAGGGUGAAUCAGAAAAAGAGAAGACUUUUACAGUUCGAUUAAAAAUUGGCCUCCAUUUGUAAGAAUGUAUAUUGUUGCUGGAACAGUAACUACCCAAUAUGGACAAUCAUUUUAAAAAUUGAUAUUUUAUAAUUAAAUGUUUUUUCUGUCUA